CGGAAACCCCGAAACCCCUCGAGCCGAUAUUUCCCAUCCCUACCCUCCAAAGCGGAAGCCGCGCCUCCCCUCGUCAUCUUGCCCGAAACCACCCCUCGCUUUCAUGCGUCGCUGCUGAUGCCGCCACGAAACCCUAAUCCUGGCGCUUCUCAGAGGUUUUUGACGUCGAAGCGUGUCGGAGGGGUGUCGCAUGGCGUUCCAGCUGCAUAGGCUCUUCGUGACUAGCUCCUCGCGGAUGAACUUGUCUUAUCCCUUGAGGCUUCCUCCAAUGAUGCUUCAAUACAGGUUGGGCCGGAAUUUUCCAUCUACAUGCUUGCCAAACUCGCUUCUUGUCAACAAUAAAAACACUGGGAGGCAUGCCCACCUUAUGGUAAAAACAGUAAAAUUUAAUUUGUCAAGAUUGGAAGCUGUGAAGGUUGCUAUUAGGUUACCUCAGCAGAUUAAAUUAGGGAACUGCAGUUCUCCAAUAACCGGGUCUAAUUUCACUUGUCGAACUUUGGGAGCUGACAAUUGUUCUAGAAUGAAUUAUUUUGCUGGUGAACUUGUUACUGGAAGAUUAUUUUCAUCCAACAGUAGAAAAAUAAUUCAAUAUAGGGCAAGCCCAAAACAUAUUGAUAAAACUCAGGUCUUGGAAAAGAAAAAUAUAGGUGAUGGUGAUUCUGCACCUAAUGUGCUUCGUGGAUUAAAGAAGAAAGAAAAAAAAUCUACCUGCAAUGGCAUUAGUCGGAAAACAAAUACCACAGCUUCUAAGCCACCUAAAAGAGGCUCUGGUACUGACAGAAAAACCAAUAAUAUGAUUUCCAACACUGCUGAGCAUGAAAAGAAAUUUGUUAAGGUGGUUAAGAAAAAGAAAGAACCAGCUAAGAGGAGCAGUAAUGAUAAAGAUGCUAAAGCUCCAGAGAAAAAUCAGAAGGACAGUAGCAAGAAAAAGGAGCAACUUUCUGGUACAGCAACGACUAUCAAAGGUUCUAAGAGAAGAUCAGGGAAAAAAUUGCUUAGUGUGAUGGCUAGACCUAGUGAAGCUAAAGUUACUCAUCAGAAACCUUCAACUGGGGGAGUGGAGAGUCAGAGAAUGCAGUUUAAACCUCUCUAUCCACCUACUGGUAAAUCAGUUGUGGUUGUAGAGUCAGCCACAAAAGCAAAAGUAAUUCAAAAUUAUCUUGGGAAUAUGUAUGAAGUUCUGCCUAGUUAUGGCCAUGUGAGAGACUUGGCUGCCAGAUCAAAAUCAGUAAGGCCUGAUGAUGAUUUCAGUAUGGUCUGGGAGGUACCUGAUGCUGCAUGGACUCAUCUCAAAAGUAUUGAAGCAGCACUGAAAGGAGCAGAAAAUUUGAUACUUGCAUCUGAUCCUGAUCGUGAAGGAGAAGCAAUUGCUUGGCAUAUAACUGAGAUGUUGCACCAGCAAGAUGCAUUGAAUGGAAACAUUAUCAUUGUGAGGGUUGUGUUUCAUGAAAUAACAGAGUCUUCUAUCAGAAACGCUUUACAGGAUCCCAGAGAGAUAGACAUGAAUUUGGUCAAUGCAUAUCUUGCUCGGAGAGUCCUGGAUUAUUUGAUUGGUUUUAGCAUAUCACCUCUGCUAUGGAGGAAGUUACCUGGAUGCCAGUCCGCUGGACGUGUACAGUCUGCAGCUCUGGCUUUAAUAUGUGAUAGGGAAAUGGAGAUAGAACAGUUUAAGGAACAAGAAUAUUGGACAGUUGUUGUUGAAUUUCAAGAUGCAAAUUUAUUGAACAUAAAUACAUCUAUACCUUCACAUUUGACCCAUUUGAAUUCCAAAAAGUUGGAUCAGCUUUCUAUAGGGUCUCAUGUGGAGGCCGAAGCUGUUGAAAAGCAGGUUUUGUCCUCAAAGUUUGCAGUGAAAAAUAUAAAAACAAGCAAAGUUCACAGAAAUCCGCCAAUGCCUUACAUCACAUCUACUCUACAGCAGGAUUCUGCGAACAAGCUACAUUUUACUGCAUCCUAUACAAUGAAGCUAGCACAAAAGCUGUAUGAGGGCGUCAAACUAUCAAAUGAAGAAGCAACAGGGUUGAUAACAUACAUGAGAACUGAUGGACUGCAUGUUUGUAAUGAAGCUGCAGAGGAUAUUCACUCCUUGAUUAAAGAAAGGUAUGGCGAGGAAUAUGCUUCAAAAAGCAUACGUAAAUCCUUCCAAAAGGUGAAGAAUGCCCAAGAAGCCCAUGAAGCUAUUAGGCCAACCAGUAUCAGGAGGUUACCAUCAUCUUUAGUUGGAAUCCUCGAUGGUGAUUCUCUAAAGUUAUACACUCUUAUCUGGAGUCGGACGAUGGCUUGCCAAAUGGAAGCUGCGACUACUGAUAUGAUUCAAGCUGAUAUUGAGAAUUCUCAAGGAGACAUGAUCUUCCGAUCAGUUGGUUCACGACUUGCAUUCCUUGGAUAUCAAGCAGUUUAUGAGGACAAGGAGGCACAACUUAAUGAAAAUAACAAGGAAGAGGAUAAAAAUGAGGCAUCUUUUGAGGCUUUCCGCAAAUUAAAGGUCAAGGACUCUUUAGAUUUGGUUAAGGUGCACCUACUUCAGCAUUACACUAAACCACCACCACGUUACUCUGAAGGAGCACUGGUUAAAAAGCUAGAAGAACUUGGAAUUGGAAGGCCAUCAACUUAUGCAUCCAUAAUGAAAGUGUUGCAGGAUAGAAACUACAUCUCAAUGAAAAGUCGGAUUCUUUAUCCAGAAUUUCGUGGUCGCAUGGUGUCAGCAUUUCUUUCCCAUCAUUUCUCAGAGGUUGCUGAUUACAGUUUUACAGCUGACAUGGAGAAUGAGCUAGAUAAUGUAUGUGCUGGAACUACCGAAUGGAAAGGGCUUUUGAAAGAUUAUUGGUCACGAUUUAGUAAGUACUGUGACCUUGCAGGCAAAUGUGAUACUCGUCAGGUAGAGAAAAUGUUGGAGGAAACAUUUGGACACAUAUUGUUUGCUUCACUAAGGAGCAGAGAGUGUCCUAGUUGUUCUGAGGGGACAUUGAAGUUUAAAGUCAGUAGGUUUGGCGCUGGCUAUUUUAUUGGGUGCAAUCAACAUCCAAGAUGCAAGUAUAUUGCAAGCACAUUAUUCAGUGACAAUGACGAGGUUGGUACUACGGAUACUUCAGAGAAGUCCUUUCCAAUUCCAUCAAAGUUGCUUGGCUUAAAUCCUGGUUCUAGUGAAAAGAUUUAUCUAAAGAAAGGUCCUUAUGGAUACUAUGUGCAAUUGGGUGAGGACAGGCAGGGUUUCGUGCCAAAAAGAGCUUCUCUCUCUGAGGUGAAAGAUGUUGAGGCUCUUACAUUAGAGGAUGCUAUUCAGCUGCUUCAGUAUCCCAUAACUUUGGGAAACCAUCCGGAGGACAAUCAUCCUGUUGUGUUGACCUAUUCCAAGUUUGGAUAUUCAAUUAGACAUCGGCGGACUAUUGCCCCGGUGCCAAAGCGUUUAGACCCUAAGGAGAUCACACUGGAAGUAGGUUUGAAGCUUUUGGUGAGCAAGACUGCCAAACAAUUUGGUCGUAGGAAAGGCAAGUCUAAGACCGAAGAAGCCUUGUGGGAGUAACCAUAAAUCUUAAUCGGCUACAUUCAGAACAUCCUGAUAGGCUAAAGUCUUUUGUUUAAGAAUAACGUCUGGAACUCGAAAGAAAUGCAUAGCAUUUGUGGAAGACGAAUGAUACAUGUCUCCAUCAACAUCUGUGGGCUUGAGCUCUCUUAAUUUCCAUGUAGCAGCUGCCAUUGAAUGUCUUAUACUUGUCAUUUUCAUUAAUGUAAUGAUAAUGAUUUUCCCCCGUGAUUAUCACAUUUUGAUCAGUUGUAAUUCCGGCUCGAUUAGAGGUAUUAUUUAAAGCUGCAUAAUUUGUUAUGCAGCUCUUCUGGAGGGUUUUUUUUUUUUCCUUUCUGUAAUAGUUUCUUUAGGGACAUAAGACUAUGAUUUUAAAUUGUAUUUUCAUUACUAGAA